ACUUGCGCCGGCUGCGAUUCGUGUUGUUCCGUCGCCUAGUGUCCGCCAUUUAGUGGCCCUGAUCGUCAAAGUCAGUACGCGAUGGCCUCACUGAAAGUCAAGAGUUUUGCUAAACUUCUCAAUGUCGAGAAUGCGUUCUGCAUCGGCACCCGAGCGAUGAGCGGCAUAUCCGGCAGUGGCGCCGGAAAGGGAGGCGGUUCCGGAGGAAGCGUACGAGACGCUGGAGGCUCUCUCGGUAAACGUGAAGCUGCUCAGGAGGACCAAUACUUCAGGAAGCUGCAGCAAGAGCAGCUCGCGAAUUUGCAUAAACACCUCGAGGACGAAAUUGCGCAGCACGAGCUUCAGAUUAAGCAGCACGAGCAGUCCAUCAAGAAACACAAGGAGACUCUAGCUUCGCUUAGGAAACAGUAAAUCGUAUGGCUCCCUCCGCCUAUCAUUCGAUGAGCAGGUGGUGAAACUUUCAGAGAAUAAAUCGAAUCGUUCUAACAAAGUC